CAAUGCCAAAUCUUCAAUUAUAUGAACAGAGCGCCGCAAUUUAUCCCCGGACAGGAUAUGACGAGGUUCAGUUUGCCCGAAAAUACGCCUGUGAAUAGCCCGGUGUAUCAAUUGAGAGGCAUUGACCCUGAAGGAGGCAAACUGCGAUACAGCAUUUCCGGUCCUGUGUUCAGUGUGGAUCGCGAUACAGGUGUCGUUCGUCUCCGACAAGAGCUGGAUCGUGAACAACAGGAUAUUGUUGAAGUCAUUAUAAGCAUUACGGAUGAAGCGCAAGGCGAUGCUGAGCCAAAUACGGUUUCGUUGCGUCGAGAAAUUCCGAUAAGGGAUUUUAAUGACAAUCCGCCGAUUUUUUUGGGAAGACCUUAUAGUGCGACAUUGAGUGAGGCGACGCCCGUUGGAAGUAUCGUGAAAAUUACGCCGCCUGUUGAAGUGAUUGACAGAGACGAAGGCAUCAAUUCGGAUAUUACGUUCAGUUGUUAUGUAGAUAAGUCGAAGGAGGGAGAUGAAACUUGCGAUUCUUUUGAAAUUGAAACUGAAAAGAUCGCUGAAGGACGAUACAACGCCUCAAUAAAACUCGUGAAGCAACUUGACUUCGAAACUCGUCCUUCUUACGUCUUAACAUUGCUCGCGAAGGAUGGAGCCAACACAAAUCCUCUUUCAGCAUUUGCUACAAUUUCCAUUAAUUUAAUCGACAUUCAAGAUCAACCUCCUGUUUUCAUAAAUGCUCCAUAUUCCGUCACUCUACAAGAAAAUACGCCUCCGGAAGUGUCUGUUUUGACAAUUAAAGCUAAAGAUGGCGACACGGGAAACCCUCGUCCCGUUCAAAUAACUCUCGAAGACGACAUUCGGGGGCAUUUUCGCUUGGAAACGGUAAAUUCAUCGGAUAUUGGUCACGUGAAGCUCAUCACAACUGACAUCCCGCUCGAUCGAGAAACGACAGAAGUCCUUCAGAAUGGCGGCGUUUACAUUUUUCACGUUCGAGCAACGGAAUUAAUCGACGGAAGCCUUCCCGGAGACACUUCUUUAACACAAGUUACUGUCGUUUUGCUCGAUGUUGAUGACAAUCUCCCGGAAUUCAACCAAAAUUUCUUCAACGUUUCAAUUCCUGAGAAUUUGGAACUCAACACUUUACUUCCGGGACUCUCAAUUUACGUAACUGACUCGGAUUUGGGCGAAAAUAGCAAAUAUGACUUGACUCUCGUGAACGUUCACAACUCAGAAGACACUUUUACGGUUCAUCCAACGCAAGGCGAAGGUCGAACUCCGUUAGUUGUGAGAGUAAAAAACCCCUCAAAGCUCGAUUUUGACGUCGAUGAUCCAAAAUUGCGGGAAUUUAUGUUCGACAUUGUUGCUACAAGUCAGAAAAAUAGCAGUUUAUCGUCAAAAGCGAGAAUUGUGAUUAAUUUGCAAGACAUGAACGAUAAUUCGCCCGUGUUUGAGGAGACAAGUUACGGGUUAGAAGUUGCGGAAAAUACGGAAAUUGGCACAAAAAUAGCAGAUAUUAGUGCAAGGGACAAAGAUUCAUCGCGUUAUGGGAAGAUUUCGUACGUCAUAAGGGGAUUUGGAGCGGAUUUCUUUAAAACUGAUCGCGAUCAUGGAGGAGUUUAUGUGAAGAAGAUGCUCGAUUAUGAGGUUCAGAAGAGUUAUAUCUUGACUUUGGUAGCAAUUGAUGGCGGAGGAAGAGAGACAAAUGCGAAUUUGUAUAUUGAGAUUAUGGAUACGAAUGACAACGCUCCAUCAUGGGAACAACGCGAGUACGUUCGCACCGUUCGCGAAGGCGCCACAGAAUUUGAGCCUCAAUUUUUCGUGCGUGCAACCGACAUUGACGGACCUUCGCAAGGCGCUGGCAAAGUCACAUACAGCAUCGAGUCCGAAAACAGCAUUUCCGGGCACGUUUUCACAAUAGAUCCCGUUUCCGGAGAGAUCCGAAUCUCCUCUAUCGCUAAAUCAAUGGAUACUGAACGCGGCGAAUACGAAUUAAAAGUCUUGGCAACUGACGCGGGAUCGCCUCCUUUAACGAACGAAACUUUAGUUCGCAUCCGCGUUGGCAUCUCAGGCAACCAACGCCCGAUUUUUAAGGGACAUUUCAACGCAAAAGCUGAUUUAACAAUUCCUGGACCUCCUAACUACCGAGUUAGCAUCCCCGAGAACGCAGCUUCCGGCGAUAAAGUUACAAAAGUUCAAGCAAUCGAUCCUGAUGGCAUUGAUUCGUUGUUAGUUUAUCGCAUUGUUGGCGCGAACGAUAAUUUCGUAAUUGACGAGCAUUCCGGGUUAAUAACAGUUUCAGGACAUGCAAAUUUGGAUCGCGACACAAAUCCCGAUAGUUAUUCCGUGGUUGUUAACGCCGUUGACGCCGGUUUGCCAAUUCCUGAAACUGCAACGACGACCGUUUACGUGAAUAUUCAAGAUGUCAACGAUAAACCGCCAAAAUUUGAAAAAAGUUCAUACCUGGCUUAUGUUUCGGAAAUUGCUGAAAAUGGCACGGAAGUGAUAAAAUUGACAGCAACUGACACAGAUCUCAAUUCUGAGUUGAAAUAUUCGAUCGUUGAACCGAUAAAAGCGAAUUCAAAGACAGGAAUUCAACUUCCGAUCGGAGCUUUUAACUACAAGGAAGCUUUUCGAGUCGAUCCUUCAACAGGAGUCAUUUACGUUAACAGCUCCUUGAACUACAACGAAGUUUCUUCGAUUAUUUUGACAGUUGAGGUUCGAGAUUUGAACGCAGCUGUCAAUGUUGAGGAGCAAUAUGAUCGAAGUGAGGUUAUGUUAUAUAUCCAAGCUUAUAAAAACACUAACCCCAUCUUCCGGAACAAAGGAUGGUCUCCUACUAAUCCAAAUAUUUACUUUGAAGUCAAUGAAGAGACGUCAAUUGGUUCAACUAUCCUCCGACUCGAAGCUGAAGAUCCCGUUUCUCAAUCAAUUAUUACAGAUUUUGAACUUGUAAACUCCGAUUCAGGUUAUAUUACCAUCAAUGAUCGAACUGGAGACGUUUCUUUGAAGAAAAGAUUGGAUUAUGAAGCGAUCGGGAACAAAACAACGUUCGUUUUUGAGGUUAAAGCGAUGACAAGUAGCGGGAAACGAUCUUCUUUAGCAAAUGUCAACAUGACAGUUGUCAAUAUUAACGAUUUUAGUCCGGAAUUUGAUAAAAAUUCAUAUAAAAUCACGAUUUUAGAGUCCGUGAAGUAUCCUGAGCCGAUUUUAACCAUUCAUGCUACUGAUGGCGAUGCUGAGAUCACUGAAAUUGAUAAAAAGUUAGGUUAUAACGAGAUUGUUUACAGUUUGGCGGGAACAAAUGCUCCGUUGUUUACCAUAGAUAACCGCACCGGCGUCAUUCGAGUUGCUGAAGGACAAUCUUUGGAUCGAGAAAAGCAAUCUAUGGUCAAAUUAACCGGAGUUGCCAAAGAUUCUUUCGGUAAAAUCGCUUCUGCGGCAAAAACAACGACGAAUAUCUUAAUUGAGCUCUUGGAUGUCAACGAUAACGCGCCAAAAUUCGUUCAGCAAGUCUUCACAGCGGUAAUUCCUGAAACAGCAGCUGUCAAUUCGCCCGUUAUCACGAUCGAAGCGCAAGAUCCCGAUGAUGGACCCGGCGGAGAAAUUCUUUACGAUCUCUUGAACGAAGGCGAAGCAAGCGGAUUGUUAAAAAUUAACCAAAAAACAGGAGAAAUUCACACAAAAAAAUCUUUAACGGGCAAGGGACGAUCUGAACCUUAUGAAAUUGUGAUCCGAGCACAAGAUCGAGGCAAUUUAGAUCCGAAACAGAAAUCGUUGUAUAGCGAUACGACACUGCUGUUGUAUGUAGGCGACAUUAGUGCGAAUGAUGGCAUUCCGUUCUUCAUUGCGCCUAAAAUUGGACAGGUGGCUCAAGUAUCGGAGAACGCAACAAUUGGCUCUCCCGUGUUCCAAGUAAUCGCCAAAGAUCACGAUAACCCGUCAACUCCUUCAGGCAAAAUCCGUUAUCGCAUCCAAAGUGACAUUGAAGACGCCAAAUCGUUCCGUAUCGACUCCUUAUCUGGCUUAGUUACUACCGUUCGUACCUUGGAUCGCGAAACAAAAGAUACGUAUCACAUUAUUAUCGAAGUUUCGGACAUGGGCGAACCUCCGCAAGCAGCAACUCGAGUUUUGGUCAUCAACGUCAUGGAUGUCGACGAUCACAAACCCCGAUUUGAGCGAGAAAUCGACGCAAAUCCUUUGGAAUUGCAAGUUUUGGAGGAACAACCCGUUGGCACGAUAGUUGGAAGUAUCGCAGCGAUCGACGAGGAUAUUGGAGAAAAUGGCGCCAUUGACUAUGCCUUCAUCGAUGGGAAUGAACAGAAUUUGUUUGCAAUUAAUCGCACGGAGGACAAUAAAGCGGUAAUUACAACAGCAAAGCUUUUGGAUCACGAGACGAGCGAAUCGUACAUUUUGACGGUGAAAUGUUACAAAAUGAAUAAAUUGAAGCAAUUUGACUACCGGAAGCCUUACAAUCCGCAUGAAAAGUCAGAAAUUAAGGUUUUGAUCAAAAUUUUGGAUGUUGAUGAUCAUUUGCCGGAAUUUCAAUUGAAAAACGAGUCAAUUGGGGUUCAUUCUCACAUUCCAAUUAAUUCUGUAGUUGCAACUGUGAAGGCAACAGAUGUCGAUAGUUCAGCAUUACCGAUCAAUAUUUCCAUCGUAGACGUGAAUUUCGUGUCACAAUUCCAUCGGAAGGGAAAUAAAUCGUUUAUUGACUUGACAAAUAUUUUCCAUUUGAGUCAUGGCGAGAUCAGAAACUCAAAAUCCUUGUCAAAUUACGUCGAUGGAUAUUUCGAAUUGAAAUUACGAGCGAAUAAUUCGCAAAUCGCUCGACGUCACACCGAUACAAUGCUCAAACUUUUCGUCAUUCGAGACAAAUCCUUGCUUCGUUUCGUUUUUUCCAAACCUCCAACGGAAAUUACGAACGUUUUGUCCGAAUUCACGUCAAAAGUUCGCAAAGUCCUGAAGCAACAUGACCUGGAAUUGAGUGUUUUCGAUGCCCAAGUGCUUCACAAGUCGGAUCAUAGUUUAGAUUUUUCCUCAACUUCUUCCUGUUUUCAAUUAACGAGGAACGGAGCAGUUUUGUCGCCGCAUGAAAUGAAGAAAAUUAUGGAUUCAACGGAAAUUCGGGAAGCUUUGAUAGAGACUUAUGUGGCGUAUUCUGUCGAUGAAGUCGAAUCUUGUGUCGGAACGAAACUUAAUACGGCAGGAAUUGGAGGAGCAAGCGGCACGUGGUUGGUUAUUCUCGCGGGAAUGAUUGGAUUAGCUUCGUUGGUUGCGUUGAUGUCGACUUGUUGUCUCUUUAAAAAGAGAGAACCAAAUUUCGGCAGCACAGCGAUAUUAACGCCUCCUCAAUUGGUCCCUUCAGACAUUGAUAUUUACGCAUCGCAGCCUGUUUUGGUAUCAAAUAGCGGAGAACCGAUGUAUGGACCUCUUUAGUCAGCUCAUAAGACAUUUUUAAAUAUUUAUUAUUUAUAAAAUUUUAACCCAUCCUAAAGAAUUGCCUUAACAUAAACCUAAAUUUUAAGAUAUUUGCCUUAAAAAAUUAUCCCUAAGUAGUUAA